UAGCUUGUUUUUCUUGCCCAUUACCUGCAUAGUUUAAUAUUGGGGCGUAUGGCUUCUUCCAGUUAUACCCCUACCUUACCUACCUAUUUAAGCGAUCGGAAUGUCCGGAACCAUCCCUUCGAUUCCCGCCGCGACUAACUAAACAACCUCCCACUUCCGCACUUGCGUUCUUGAACUAGCUAUGCCGAAAAUAUUGCUCUUCGGCGCUGGCUCCCUCGGGAUUCCUUACGCGUGGGUAUUAUCUAACGCUAUAGGGCAGGAUAACGUCACCGCGGUCUGCCGGUCUAACUACGCCGAGGCGUCCCGCAAUGGCUUCACCGUCCACUCCAAACUCUGGGGCGAGAACCUACACUUCAAACCGCGUGUGGCGAACUCUGUUACCGAAGCUGUAGAGCAGCUCGCGGGCGAUAGCGAUAAUGAGAGUGGUGGCGAGAAACCCGUUUUCGAUUACGUGGUCAUAGCCGCUAAAGCCAUCCCCACCACCCCGUCUACCGCGCAGCUCAUCGCACCCGCGGUCACGGAGCGGAUAACAGCUAUCGUGCUCAUCCAGAACGGCAUCGCUAUCGAAGAGGAGUACGCUACGCUGUACCCCAAUAACCCGAUUCUCAGCACCGUGGCGUACUUCCCUGCUACACAGGUCAGCCCCGGCGUUAUCCAGCACCGCGAGAUCGAAACCCUGAACGUGGGCACGUAUCCCGCGGACGCGGAGGCCGCGCAUAAGAGGGCUGCGGAACUGUUCGUGGACUUGCUUACCAAGGGCGGGGCUACGGGGAAAUUACACGACGAUGUCCAGCGCGAGAGGUGGGGGAAGUUGCUUGUGAAUGCGGUUUGGAAUCCGACGUGUGCGCUUACGAGACUGCGGGAUAGGCAGUUCAUCGAGGCGAAUCGGAGCUUGGAUUUAGGUCUGGAUUCGGUUGGGGGUGGGAUGGGGGAUGGGUUGGGGUUUAUUAAGGAGGUUAUGCUGGAGAUUGCGGCGGUUGCGCAGGCUUGUGGGUAUGCGGAUGUCAAUGAGGAGUUGGUGGAUUUCCAGAUUCAUAGGGCCGCGGUGAGGGAUUUGCCGGGCGUGCAGCCGUCGAUGCUGGCGGAUGUGAAUGAGGCGAAGAGUAUGGAGGUUGAUGCUAUUGUGGGAAAUGCGGUUAGGUUGGCGAGGAGGAAGGGGGUGAACGUGCCGAUGUUGAAGACGAUUUACUUGCUUGCUAAUGGGUUGAGUGAGGGUUUUAAGGGGAAAUAGGGGUGGGCUGGUUGGUGGUACGGUUGGGGAUGUCCGUUGGGUGGCUUGAAGUUGGAAAAGGGGGUAGUAGAAUUCAUGAAGACCCCAAGCUUUUUAGAUAGUAUGAUUAUAGAUUCAAGAGAAAUAGGAGAAGUUGUAGAGACCUUCUUAUAAGACAUUGAUCGAAUAGAGAA